AAAUCAGUGAUCGGUAUUUCGCUAUCUUCUUCUGUGAGUCGAUCCCCUCACCCCGAUUGAAACGAUUUCGAAAAAGGCAUGGACUCUCGAUCCGAGUUUUGCUCUGGAAUGCGCAGAGUGAGCAUUCAUGCCGGAACCGAAACCUCUGGGCGGGGAGAGGGUUCCCUCGAAUGUUUUGGAGUCGCACUACAAUAAAAAGCUUGGACUCCGUUUCGAAGACAGUGAUAUUCGAAGUCAGUGAGGAGUGAGAGGUGACGACCGCGGAUAAUCUUGUGAAGCUCCCGUUCGGAGGGAGAGAUGGAAGCGGAUAUCGUUCCUUCACCAAGAUUCCUGAAACUGCCGCCUCGAUCCGACCUGAUAUACACAUCAUGUUACUGCGAAGAGAAUGUCUACAAACUCUGCGAAUACGUGAAGAAUAACGAGCCAGAGCUCCUGAGCUCAUGUUUCGUAACAUUCAUCUCCAAUAAGUAUCAGAGUAUCCCCCUUUGGAGGCAGACUGCCGGUGAUAAGAACAACGACGGCUUCGUGGUUUGGGACUACCAUGUCAUUUUGGUUUACUACCAUGAAUCUUGUCAGGGGAAGAGCUACGUUUACGAUCUAGAUUCGACGAUGGACUUCCCUGCGGACCUCGAGGAAUACGUGUGGAAGACCUUCAAGCCUGACGUUCCGCUUAAACAUUGUUAUGUGAGACAUUUGCGAUGUCUCGGGGGGCGGGACUACUUGGCCACCUUCGCUUCGAAUCGGCAGCGGAUGAAGAGACCUGACGGCUCUUGGAUCAAACCCCCGCCAUCCUAUCCGCCCAUAAUGAACUCGAUUUCGGCGAACAACCUCGAGUGGUUCAUCGACAUGCAGGCCGGCAAUGGUGUCCCCGGGGUGGUGCUCAAUCAGUUCAAUUUCUGCAAACAGUUCAACAUCCAUCUCGACAAAAUGUUCGAGGAUUCCUAGAGAGGACACAUCGGGUCGAGAAUUCUAAUUCUCAACUCCUCGAAUUUGGUGAUCCUUUUGUACAGACUCUAAGCGUUAUAUGUCGUCUAUGUUAUCCACGACGCAGCAUCGAACAAAAGUUCCGGGUCAAUGAGGACGCUUUUCUGUCCCUAUGAAAUAUCAGCCAAAACUCGUAGACUUGGGAGCUGAGGGAGUGGGGCCAAUAGUUGGAUUCUGUUUCUCUCCGAGGACGUAUUCUCCAGAAGUGUGGCAGUCAUGAGGCGAACCUCUCCGUCAGUGCUCCCCUAUUGGGGCUCUGCUCGAAUUUUACAAAAUCUUCGGGGUGAAAUGUCGAUCGAAAAACUGUUGGAGGUGCACGGUUCUUGUUCGCCUCACGCCCCACUCCCUGCCUGAUUUCUAGUCUCUCUGGGAUGAGAGUAGAGCAGCGGCACCAGCCGUUGCGACUAACGCAAUAUCCUAAUGACUUGAUAUCAUCAUUCAUGAUGUUCGAGACGAUCCCUUGAACGGGGAUAGACUGAUCCGCGCUCCCGAUUCAACCGGGAGCUUAUCCCCCAUCCUCCCUCUGAAUCAAGAUCCACCGAAGCGGAUACUUUCGGAGGAAUCCAGCGAUGCAUGACAAAAAUGUAAUUUACCUGUGAAUAAA